GGAGCAAAACGUAAACACCGCGGAAUGGAGCACGAGGUGGCUGUUUCUGGGCAGGAUUCCCCUCCGGAGGAUAUCAAAAUCAGUCCGCCACUCAAACCCUCGGCCAAUACGGCCAUUAAGUGCCUGAAGUGCGACAAGGUGUACAUAUUUCCCGCCGACAAAGACGACUGCCUGGCGCACUUGUAUCUGGAGCACCGCCUGGUCAUAGCCGAUGUGGAGGAUAUAGCGCUGCUGGAGGACUAUCUGCAGCACUGGGAGAAGGAGUUUCAGGCACACGAAUUCGAACAAUAUUGCACCACAAUGUUUCUGGACCAACUGCCCGAUGGAAAAUACGCGAGGAACGAGAAGUACUACCUGCUGUGCGACAUCCUGCCGCAGGACUACGAGCUGCGGCAAAGGCUCAAGGAGAAGCGACUGAGCGAGGCCCUCGAGCGCCAUCAGUUUGAGCUGACGGACAGGAAUUUCUCGAAGGAGUGCCUCUUCUGCAGGACGGUGAUCAAGGGACUGCGGGCCGACUAUCUGGACCACCUGUUCGACAAGCACUUCCUGCUGGUGGGCAAGCCCGAGAAGCUGGUCUACGUGGACGAGCUGCUCGACCAUCUGGAGGAGAACCUCAAUCGUUUGGUUUGCCUCUACUGCGAGAAGAUCUUCCGGGAUCGACCCACGCUCAAGGAGCACAUGCGCAAGAAGGGCCACAAGCGGAUCAAUCCGAAUAGGAAGGAGUACGACAAGUAUUUCCUCAUCAAUUACAAUCGGGUGGCAGCGAAUCCAACGCCUAGGAAUAAGCAGCAUCAUCAUCAAAAGCGAAGACAGGAGACUGCAUCCGUUUCCACGGUGGCGGAUCUUGAAACCGGCAGUGUGGACUUCGAUAAGCACUUUGCCCGCCCGGAUUCGGAUGGCGAGCAUGAUUCGGACUGGUCCGAUUGGGCGGCAGAUGGAGAACCGAGUGGAAUCAAGUGUCUUUACUGCUCCUACAUAGGCGACAGCUUUACUGCGCUUAAAGAACACAUGGUGGCUGGCCACCGGUUGGAUUUCGACAAGGCGACCGGCCCUUUAAACUUCUACCAGCGGGUGAAAGUGGUCAACUACCUGCGCCGCCAGAUGUGCCUGCUGCGUUGCGUGACCUGCGACCUGCAGUUCGAUGAGCAGGCGCUGCUGGUGGAGCACAUGGCCCAGGAGCAGCACUGCGGCAUCGGGGAGAAGGUGAACUGGGACAAGCCGGAGUUCUUCUUUCCCUACAUGGAGAACGACGGGCUGUUGUGCGUGCUCGACGAUUCCGUAGGCGACGAUCCGGAGGCCGAUGUGGUGCCAAUCAUCUCCGAGGACAGCCUGGCGCAGAUCAACAAGGACGCCGAGCGACUGUCCCUCGAGAAUUUUAAGCUGUAACAAAAGAUUUUUAAACUGUUAAGU